AUCGGAGAAGUGUUUUUGUGUGUUUUAUUUUGUGCUUUGUAGCAGUAUUUAACAAUCAUUUCGCCAGAAAAGUUGCAUUUAUUGCAUAUAUAUAUAUACUAUAUAUAAUCCCAUCUAAUUGUUGGCUUGUGUUGACAUUGCUGUAGAUAUUUUCCUUUUGCAUGUUGAACCAGAAACAGGGCAAAGGAAAAUCUCUACAACAACAACAGGGCAGCUAAGCUAUUGUUAGCAACGCAGCCAGUGUACAUUGAAAUGCAAAACUACGGCCAUGGAGAUGGGGCAGCAGGUGGUGGGGUUGGUGGCACUGCAGUCCCCUCUCCAGCCGUUAAACGCCGUACGGACAGCUAUGAAGCAGCCCAACAUCAUCCCAAAUACACUGAUGAUGAUGAUGAUGAUGGCGGUCUCGAGGGAGUGGAAGAGGAAUAUGUUAAUACUAGGAUCUUACGCAGACAGGCUCAGCUGCAAUCCACGCCAUUAGCACCUGGUCCUGGAGCAGGAGGAGGAGGAGCAGUGCUACCUACUGCUACCUCAUCAGUUCAAGGAUAUGUAGAGCAACCCGAAUUUCCAAAUCCCACCGCAUCGGCUGCCUCUCAUAUUGAGGAGCGGAUGCGUCGCAAAUUGCAAUUCUAUUUUAUGAAUCCCAUCGAGAAAUGGCAAGCUCGUCGCAAAUUCCCAUAUAAAUUUGUGGUUCAGAUUGUCAAAAUCUUUCUUGUCACCGUCCAGCUGUGUCUAUUCGCCCAUGCACGAUAUAAUCACAUCAAUUAUACGGGUGAUAAUAGAUUUGCCUUUUCGCAUCUAUUUCUACGCGGAUGGGAUUCAUCACGUGAGGUAGAGAGCUAUCCACCGGCAGUGGGUCCAUUUGCCUUAUACAUGAAAGAGGAGUUCUAUGACACUGUGCAAUAUGCCAUAGAUGGCUAUGGAAAUGUCAGUCGUUCGAUUGGACCCUACGAUUAUCCCACACCGAAUAAUACAAUGCCACCGCUUAAGCUAUGCAUGCAGAAUUAUCGCGAAGGUACCAUAUUCGGCUAUAAUGAAUCGUAUAUAUUUGAUCCACACAUCGAUGAGGUGUGCGAAUCGUUGCCUCCCAAUGUCUCUAGCAUUGGAGUGGAGCGUUAUCUGAAUGAUCGUGGUAGACAAGUCAAUUUCGCCUCAUUGGUGAGUGCUGCAUUGACGUUUCAGAUAAAGACGGUAAAUUUUAAGGCUUACGGUGGACCUUUAUCGGCGCCCGAUUGCUUUCGUUUCGAUAUAUCCAUCUUGUUCAAUAACCGGGAUCAUGAUGGUCAAAUGUUACUCUCUCUGGAUGCAGAGGCGACACGUUUAAAGUGCCAUGGAGCUACCGAUUUCGUAUCGGAGGCUAAUUUUGAUUCAUUAUUGAGAAGUAUAUUGAACAUAUUUGUUCUACUCACCUGCGCCUUGUCAUUCGCACUGUGUACGAGAGCCUUGUGGAGGGCCUAUCUUUUGCGUUGCACUACGGUUUCAUUUUUCCGUCAACAUUUUGGCAAGGACUUGAGCUUCGAUGGACGCUUGGAGUUUGUGAAUUUUUGGUACAUUAUGAUCAUAUUUAAUGAUGUGCUACUGAUCAUUGGCUCGGCAUUGAAGGAACAAAUCGAAGGGCGUUAUAUGGUGGUAGAUCAAUGGGAUACUUGCUCACUAUUUUUAGGAAUAGGCAAUUUACUUGUAUGGUUUGGUGUCCUACGCUAUUUAGGUUUCUUUAAGACCUACAAUGUGGUGAUACUUGUCCUUAAGAAAGCAGCUCCAAAGAUUUUACGUUUUCUCAUUGCCGCAUUGCUUAUUUAUGCGGGCUUUGCGUUUUGUGGUUGGCUAAUUUUGGGACCAUAUCACAUGAAAUUCCGUUCAUUGGCCACAACAUCAGAGUGCUUGUUCUCAUUAAUCAAUGGCGAUGAUAUGUUUGCCACAUUUGCCACAUUAUCGACUAAAGCCACAUGGCUAUGGUGGUUCUGUCAGAUCUAUUUGUAUUCGUUUAUUGCCUUGUAUAUUUAUGUUGUUUUGUCCCUAUUUAUUGCCGUUAUAAUGGAUGCCUAUGAUACGAUUAAAAAGUAUUAUAAAGAAGGCUUCCCCAUCUCCGAUCUCAAGGCAUUUGUGGGCACACGCACUGCAGAGGAUAUAAGUUCUGGUGUAUUCAUGUCCGAUCUGGAUGAUUUUGAUCAGACCAGCUUCUUGGAUGUAAUGAGAAGCAUUUGCUGCUGUCAUUGCUGUCGUCCAACGCGCCAGGAAAUCAAUAAUCAGGGUAACAAUAGUGGCUAUACCAGUCUCUCGAGUAUUAUGAAAUAGUUUUCAUUAAUUUCCGCGUGUUGUUUUGUUUCUCUUCCUUUUUGUUCUCUUUUUUUUACCCCCUUGUUAGAUAAUUUCUCAAAAUGUUGUGUUUUUUUUUUGCCAAUAUUUUUUUUCAUAUUUAAAUUAAACAAUUAAUUUGUUUUGUUAAUUGAAUUGCCAAAGGAAGAACGUUAUCUAUAACGAAAGAUAUUAUACAAAUAUAUAUUAUUUAUAUAUAUAUAUUUACUGUGAGUGUGAUAGUAUAUAGAGAGUAGGAUGCAGCUAGAAUACUAUCUAUGGUCUAAUAAGGAUGCAUAGUGUGUACCAAUGCAAAUAAUAUACAUACAUAUAUAUAUGUAUGUAUAUGCAGCAACAGGAUAACCAUUGAACCAUAAAAUUGACUUGAGAUCUUCCAUAAGCGAGAAUGAAACGAGAUUGAUUACGUACAAAUAAUAAAAAAACAAAGUCACUGCAUAGUUAA